AUGAAGCGGACGCAUGCACAAGCCGCCGAUGAUGAACCCAUUGAGGUUCACGAUAGUGGGUUUAUGGGGCCCAUGGUGAUGUUCCCCACAUUUCCACACAAUGAUACAUUUGUGGAAAGUCGGAAAUUUAAAUUAAUUGCUGGACCCAUUGCUAAUCCAGAUGCUGAUGAUUUCACAUUUAAUCAUGCACCUAACGAUUAUGGUGUUAUGGAUCUUCAAAGUGCAAGAAUCACUGCAAAUAUCACAAUUACGGCUGCUGAUAAUACCUACUUAGCGGGAGACCAAAAUGUAGCACUUAAUCAAUCGCCACUUAGAUUGGGGUGGAAAUCACGAGAAAUAUUGGUAAAUAAUCAACGCAUUAAUUCACUGUCAUCACAAGAAAAUGAAAUUGAAUUUAUAAAUCAUUUAACACGCGAAACACCGCUUGCGUAUAUGCCCGACCAAGAUAUAACAGGAUGUAUUCACAAUACACCUGGUGCGGCUAAUGUAAGUGAUAGUAUAACACAAAUGUUAGAUGCGACUCACGCCACGCACGUUAAUAAGGGUCUUGGCAAACGCUAUCUUUUGUGUAAAAGAGAUGUACCCUUCAAAUGUUAUGAUUUCAUUAAUUUAAUGGGUGAUAACAAACGCUAUGUUGUGUCAUCAUUUAAUAUGACCAUAAGAUUAACGCGUUUAGAAAAAGUAAAAACCCUAAUGGGCGCCGCUGCCGAAUGUGCGUUAGCAAAAAUUCGUUAUUCAGAUUUGGAAAUUCAUAUUCAAGCAUUUAAGCCAAAAGCACAAUUAAUGGCCGCCAUUAAUAAUGCCAUGGUUCAAAAAGGCGAAGAAGCAAAAUAUUAUGUACGUCAUUUUCGUUAUGUUCCCAUGGCUGUUGCUGUUGGCACCCGUAAAAUUAAUAAAAAUGAUCUUUUUACAGGUGCCCGACCAACGCGUAUGUUUAUCUAUAUUCGUACACAAGCACGCUAUAACGGUGCACAUACUAGCAAUCCAAAUCGAAUGAUUUUUCCAAAUUUAGAAUUUUUAGGGGUCAAAAUUAACGAAGCUUUUGUUGAGCCUACAAUUGAAAAUUCAAAAGAGGCGUACAUAAAUUUACGAAGAAUUUUAAAUCGUAAAUACGAUGAAAUGCCCUUUAAUUACCCGGAUUAUUUAACCGAUUACGGCCUUAUUGCUCUUGAUCUAUCUGAAAACAAAGAUAGUUAUAAUCAAAUAUUACCCAAUGCUACCAGCGGUGUUGUAAGUCUUGAAAUACGCCUUAAUCAACCACUUGCCGCAGCAAGUCAAUUAAUAGUCGUUGGUGAAUUCAGAAAUCAAUUGUCCUGUGCGUAUCAAACGGAAGCGCGUUUAAAAUUCGCAUAUUAA